AUGUCCUUUAUUUCAUAUGGGUGUCAUCCAAGACAAAUUGUGAAGAAAUACCACAUCCCUAAACUCUCUAAUGCUAUUAUUAUUUUCAUUCAUGGUGGUGCGUGGAGGGAUCCCAACAAUACCUGUAAUGACACCGAUGAGAUGGUGAAUCAGUUAAAGUCAUUUGGUGAUUGUCCAGGAGAAGAGAAUGCCGUUGAAAAUUUUUACUCGAUAGAUUACAGAUUAUCUCCUGAAUGGAAGUUUCCGUCGUAUAUCAUUGAUGUGCUUUUUGCAGUGAUAAAAAUUAAGCGACACUUGGAGUCAAAAGCUGGUGACCUCAAUAAGUUCAAGUUCUAUUUGGCUGGACAUAGCGUUGGUGCACUUUUGACUCUUCAAUUCUUAGAUUUUGCUGAAGUCUUAAAGAAAUGGUGGAAUUGCUCUUCUGAACCUUCAUCAGUUUUGGAUUCAAUACUUGAAACAAUUGACGGGGUGGAAAAAAAGUUUCAACUCUCAGAUUUGGUGGAAUACUUUACCAAAAAUCUUGCAGCGCCUAUUUCUAGUCCACAAGCCAUAAUGUUGGAUGGUAUCUAUAAUCUUGAAGAUUUGGUUUGUGAAUAUUCCAGUGCAUAUGAGGCAUUUGUCCUUGAAGCCCAUGAAAGUAGAAUGGAAUAUUUAGAGUCUACACAUUUCAGUUUCAUGGAUCCUUCCUCUAGGGAUUUUACCUCUCAUAAGAUUCUUGUGAUACAGUCAACCAAAGAUGAACUUUUAUCUCCUCGGCAGACAGAAAAUUUACUAAAGGCCUUUGACGCCGAUAAUAUUGGAUAUGAAUACAUCAUUGAUGACUUUGGGGCUCAUAACAACGUCUAUGUUAAUAAGGAUGUUACAAAAAUCAUUUACAAUUUUAUCAAAAAUCAAUAA